AUGGAUUAACCAAUAGGAAUUGGACGAUUUAAAUUGCAAUAAGUUAUAUCUAAAGAAAUGAAUCAAAUGAGACAAAGCGUUGAUCCUCGUACUUCUUUGCAAAUGAUCUUAAGCCAAAGAUCUUAAGCCCAAUUUUCAUAAGUGGUGGAUUAAGAAGCUCCUUAAGAAUAACCAAUUAAAUCAGUUAGCAAGAAAAAAGUAAAUCAACAUAAAUAUGAGUUAUAUAGGGAAAAAAAUUUGAAUUUUAAAUCUCCUCUGAUUCAAGUUCAUUUACAAUUACUUCUGAAGAAUCUUCAAAUUCCCAAAAGUCCCAACAUUCUACAAAUUACUUACUUAGAUAACAAGCAGCUGCAUCCUUAAAAUUGUUGGUCAAAGAUAACAAAUAAUAGAUAAAAUUACCCAAUAUUCCAAUAAGAAGCAUUUCUAAUGAGAAAUAGCAAAUUAAUUUUUUAAAAGGACUAUAGUAAAAUUCUGAAUUGAGUGAAAACAACCAUAUAGAAGAAUUUUAUCAGUAAGGGAAAAUAACUGUUAAAUUAAAAAGCAAGGACUUUAUGACAUUCAUGAGAUGGCAACAUGAAGUUGAAGAAUUAAAAAGAAAAAAGAGGGACUUUGAUGAAUAGAAAGAUAGACAUUUCUAGUUAACCAAAGGUGACACUGUAACAAAGAUGGAAUAACAGAGAAAAGAGGAAAUAUUAAAGAAAAAGAAGAACAGAUUUUCAGAAUCAUGGAUUGUUGGCAUUUCCUUGGCAAAACGAUUUUUAAGAAUUGGCAGAAAAAGAGCUAGGGCUACCUUAUAAAGAAAUGCCAUCAAAACUUUAACUGGUAUUCAGAGUGUCCCACAUUUGAGUGAUUCCAAUAGGUCUGACGAUGUUAGAUCAAUGGCUAGUUUUAGAGAAAUUUAGAAUCCCUAAAUGUGA